CUCCAUCGUGUUCAUAGUUCUCCCGGAGCUUCCUCAUCAUGACGGCCUCCGCCUCCUCCUCUUCCUCACUAAAGUUCAAGAACCUGGCUCUGGCGGCCCUUGCUCUGUGGUCUCUGGCGUCCCUGGUGGUGAUCGUGGUGUGGGCGACGUCCCCAGACCUGAAGGGCUCGGCCCAGUGUCGGGCGGAGCUGCAGGAGAUGCGGGAGAAGAUGGAGGGAGCUAAGGUGGUGUGGAGGGACGACCGCGUGGCCCUGGAGGAGAGAGUGGAGAAGGAGCGUGAGAAGCAGGAGCGUCUGAAGGAGGAGAACCAGCUGCUGCUGCUGAGCCUGACUGCUGCCAACCACUCAGUGGACCAGUGUCAGCAGGAGAAUCUCCUCCUCAACACCAACAUCAGUGUUCUACAGGAGAACCUGGAGCAGCUGCACCAGGCACAGAUCAAUUUGACCAACCAACUGGAGCUGAAGGAAGAGCACAUCGAUGAUCUGCAGCAGAACCUGACCCAGAUGGCCCAUGAGACCAAGUCCUGUGACAGUUUGAAAGAUGCUGCUCAGAGCCAAAUGGUGGCAGCACAGAUCCAGACCAAGGCCUGCCAGUCCAGUCAGCAGUACCUCCAGAAACAGCUUAACAAGUGUAAACAUCCUGAGAAGACCCCAGAGGAAGAGGUCAAACCUACACCCUUGGGCAGUAAUUCGUCAUCCACACCUCUCAGUGGAAUCUCUGUUCUGGCACUGAUCGUCUGCAGCACUCUGCUCCUGCUAACCUGAGCUCAUUUUACAUCUCUUUCGCGGGAAAAUAUU